AUGCCGAAUAUGAUUCCCUUAUGGAACUCCUUGCUGUCCACACUGGGCGCUGUCAGCAGACUACCAUUUUCGACUUCUCUGAAGUAUUCCGCCACUACAACGAGCAGGAAGGCUGGGACUACUGGAAGAUUUUUGUGGACGACCAGUCAUAUCACGAACCCUACGGGCAAAUCUACGAGAACUACGGAAUCAAUCGCGAAGAAGGUUGUUGCCAUUAUCGUUCGCCUUGAUCAAUAUGUUUCGUACGUUGGAUCCAUGAACGAUUAUGCUUCUAUGGACAAGUCCUUCUCGGCUGCAAGGGUCCCUGCGGCUUCGAUGGAUGAACGACAGCCGAAGAGCAGCUCUGAGGUUGUUGAAAGGCCGACAAAUUUGGUCGCCGUCUAA